UUUUGAUGGCGUACGGUAAUCUUGAUACUAGAUCAUUGAAAAGAUUUGGCUGUUAUUGUUAUCUUUUGCAUGGCCUUGGAGUCUCCGAUUAGGAAUUUGUUACAUGUGUCAGUCUUUCCAGAAUCAGGGCAUUUGGAUGACAAAAGAUGCCGGUUUAAACGAUGGUGAGAUGACUUAUGAUACUUCAUCUAGAGUUGAUCCCAAACGCUCUCAUCAAUGGUUCAUGGAUGGUACUGAGACAGACUUAUUUCCAAACAAGAAGCGGGCGUUGGGAGUUCCAACAACCAAUUUAUUUUCUGGAAUCUUGAAUUCGAAUGUUUCUCCAUGGGGAAAUGCAUCUGGUCUUACUUCAAUCUCGCGGCAGUUUUCUGAACGGUUAUUUGAUAGCGAAACAGCCCGAGCAGUUAACUUUGAUGAUCAAAGCUAUUCUUCUGGUAACAUUGAAAAGGUUAUCAUGGGGAGAAAGGCUAAUGAGGAUUUAUUUACAAGUGAUUCAUCAUUUGGUUUAUCUAUGUAUCAUACGUUGGAAGAUCCUCGAUCUGGGUUGAUCUUUGGGGGGAUUAAGAAGGUAAAAGUUUGUGAGGUCAAGGAUUCGGAGAAUAUCAUGUCUGCAUCAAUGGGAUACGUGUCUAAUAGGGUUGAUAACAACUGUGUGUCAACUGAUCAUGAUUACAACAAGGUCGAAGAUGGUAUUAUGCCAAUGGGCCUUCCUUAUAACAAAUGGGAUUCUACUGGUAAGAACAAUGUUUUCAUGUCUAUGGGACAAUCCUAUAACAAAAGUGAGGAUAACAAUGCAAUUGCAAUGAGCAAAUCCUUUGAUAAGGGCGAUAACAAUUUCAUACCUACAGUAAAGGAUACGACAGCACCAUAUCUAUUACUCGUAGCUACAAGCGGGCAGCUAUAA